AUGCUUCUUCAUACUAUCAUUGUACUUGCAGGCUUUGCCGCCUACGCCCAUGGCAGCUGCUUGCACGGCACCUCCAAGCUUCGCAGGCGCUUCACUGCGGAGGGUAAGGUACAAGUCAGCAAGUUCGGCUACACCAGCCUUCAAGGCCCUGUCAACUGGGCCAAUCUUGCCGCAGACAAUGAGGCAUGCAGAACUGGCAAGAACCAGUCUCCGAUCAAUCUCCAGCCGGGUGUGACAGCUCAAGCCGCCGAAGCCCCUAUCAUCGAUAUACCUAAUGUCGAGUUUGCGGACUUUGAGAAUCUGGGCACUACUAUUGAGGUGGUUGUUAACGGCACGACAACUGUUGCGGGCAGACAGUUCAAUCUUGUGCAAUUCCAUCUCCAUACUCCAUCCGAGCAUCGAAUCAAUGAAGAAUACUUCCCGCUUGAGAUGCAUAUGGUGCACCAAGCUGCAGACAACUCCGGCGAUAUCGCUGUCCUCGGCGCCCUCUUCCAGCUCUCCACCGACGGCAGCACCACAGCCCUCCUCGCCAGCUUGACACAUCACAUGGACAAAGUUGCCGAACCGGGCAGCAUCACCGAGACAGGCCCCCUAGACUUCGCCCCUCUCGUCUCUCAUCUCACUACCACGCCCCUCCUGCAGUACAGCGGCUCCCUGACAACCCCGCCCUGCGCAGAGGGCAUUACCUUUCUCAUCGCGGAACAGCCGAUGCCACUGGACGUCGCGACAUACAACAGCAUCAAGCGGGUCGUCAAGUUCAACGCACGAUACGAACAGGGCGAGCCCGGGCUGGAUAAUCUCCUCGCCCUGGCCGCCCGCGGGAUGGCCGGUGGUGAGGGAGCUGGUUCUCCCGCCGCUUACUAA